GGCUCUUCUUCCAUCUAUCCAACUAGCAGUCAAUACAAGUCCCACAAUGGGGAAGUUCUUCUUCUGCUUCUUGUUUUCCUUUCUUUCUAUUCUACCUCUUCCACUUCUGAAGCCUGUGGUGGCUCUUCCACUCUACACCAAUUCAAGGUGGAUAGUGGACGAAGAUGGUGCCCGGGUGAAGCUGGCAUGCGUGAAUUGGCCAUCCCAUCUGGAAGCAGUGGUGGCGGAGGGCCUCAGCAAGCAGCCAGUUGCCAUGAUCUCCAAGAAGAUUGGGUCUAUGGGGUUCAAUUGUGUCAGGCUCACUUGGCCACUUUUUUUGGCCACCAAUCAAUCGCUGGCCUCCCUCACUGUUAGACAGUCCUUUCAGAGGCUUGGCUUGCUUGAAUCCAUUGCCGGCUUCCAAGCCAACAACCCUUCCAUGGUUGAUCUUCCUCUCAUAAGUGCUUACCAGGCAGUGGUGUCCGGCCUUGCGGACAACAAUGUGAUGAUCAUACUAGACAAUCACCUAAGCAAGCCGGGCUGGUGCUGCAGCAGCUUCGAUGGCAAUGGCUUCUUUGGCGACCAGUACUUCAACCCAGACUUGUGGGUCCAGGGCCUCACCCGGAUGGCCACCAUGUUCAGGGGCGUCACCAAUGUGGUUGGCAUGAGCUUGAGGAAUGAGCUCCGAGGCCCCAAACAGAAUGUGAAGGACUGGUACAGGUACAUGCAGAAAGGAGCUGAAGCAGUGCACUCAGCUAACCCAGAUGUUUUGGUCAUAGUCUCGGGCUUGAGUUACGACACAGACCUAUCGUUCGUCCUGAAGCAAGAGUUGGAACUGACAUUCACAGGGAAAUUAGUGUUCGAGAUGCAUUGGUAUGGAUUCACGGAUGGGAGCGCUUGGGAAACCGGCAGCCCCAACCAGGUGUGCGGGAGAGUGGUAGAGAGCGUAAUGAGGAGAGGAGGGGUUUUGCUAGAAAAAGGGUGGCCAUUGUUUGUGAGUGAGUUUGGGGUGGAUCAAAGGGGUACCAAUGUGAAUGACAAUAGGUAUUUGAAUUGCUUCUUUGGCCUGGCAGCUGAACUGGACUUCGAUUGGGCAUUAUGGACACUGGUAGGGAGUUAUUAUACGAGAGAAGGGGUUUUUGGAUUGGAAGAGUUUUAUGGUUUGCUGAAUUGGAACUGGUGUGAAGUCCGGAACUCAAGCUUCUUGCAGAGGAUUUCUGCCCUGCAGUCUCCUUUUCAAGGGCCAGAUCUAUCCGAUGCCAGGCCACAUAAAGUAAUUUUCCAUCCUGCAACGGGUCUUUGCAUUGUAUGGAUGUCAGUGUUUGAGCCAUUAACGCUGGGUCCCUGUCCGGAGUCGGAUGCCUGGAGCUACACCCCCCAGAAGACCUUGAUAAUGAAGGAAACGUAUUUCUGCCUUCAAGCAGAUGGGCCAGGGAAUCCUGGAAAACUUGGUAUAAUAUGCACUGAACCUGGUUCAAAAUGGGAAUCCAUUUCAGAUUCAAAGAUGCAUCUAUCAACUAAGCUGGGAGAUGGUACCACAGUUUGCUUGGAUAUAGACUCCAGCAACAACAUUGUCACAAAUGCUUGCAAAUGCUUGAGUGGGGAUAAUAAGUGUGACCCUGGGAGCCAGUGGUUCAAGAUUGUCAACGCCACAAAUAUUUCAACAAGACCUCUAAUUCAGAUCAGCUCCAACUUGGAUUUGAAUGGAGCUGAACAUGCCAGCUAAAAAAAGCAAAAAGGGUCUGUCGUACGCCUAUACGUCCUGAAAGAGGGAAUUUUUUAAAAGAAAAUACUAAAUAAAAAGAAGCUCAAAAUCACUUUAUCAAGCCUCAUUAUCUCCCUCAGCCAAGGGCUUUUUAAACUAAAAAGUGUUCAUUCUAAUGGGCUCACCUACAUGCCAUCAGUUAUAUAUCUUUCUUGUUUUCCAA